CAGGCUCCCCGGGUACCGGGCUCAGCUGAUGCAGUUGUUGUCCUACCCCUCCCCCGCCGCUCUCCCGGCCUCACUCGGGCCGGCCCUUAGCCCCGCCCUGGGAUCGGGACUCCGUGACCCCGUCCUGCGGCUCGCCAGCGCAGGAGCAUCCCGGGACCGCGCAGCACUCCGCGUGCGGAGCAUCUGAGAACCGUGUUGAGUUCACAGGACCGCGACAUAAACAUUGAGAGCCUGGGGAGGAAACGAAGGGGAUCUAGCAUUCCUUUUAAAAACCUCAAACAUGGGAAAGUCUCUUUCUCAUUUACCUUUGCAUUCCAAUAAAGAAGAUGGCUAUGAUGGGGUCACAUCGACAGACAAUAUGAGGAAUGGAUUGGUUAGCAGUGAGGUGCGUAACGAAGACGGAAGAAGCGGAGACGUCUCUCAGUUUCCAUACGUGGAGUUUACUGGAAGAGAUAGUGUCACUUGUCCCACUUGUCAAGGGACAGGAAGAAUCCCUAGGGGGCAAGAAAACCAACUGGUGGCAUUGAUUCCAUAUAGUGAUCAACGGUUACGACCAAGAAGAACAAAGCUGUAUGUGAUGGCAUCUGUGUUUGUCUGCCUGCUCCUGUCUGGAUUGGCUGUGUUUUUUCUUUUCCCUCGAUCUAUUGACGUGAAGUACAUUGGUGUAAAAUCAGCCUAUGUUAGUUACGACUCUCAAAAGCGAAUGAUAUAUUUAAACAUCACGAACACACUAAAUAUAACAAAUAAUAACUAUUAUUCUGUUGAAGUUGAAAACAUCACUGCUCAAGUUCAGUUUUCAAAAACAGUGAUUGGGAAGGCACGGUUAAGCAACAUAACUAACAUUGGCCCACUUGAUAUGAAGCAGAUUGAUUAUACGGUACCCACAGUUAUUGCUGAGGAAAUGAGCUACAUGUAUGAUUUCUGUACACUGCCCUCCAUCAAAGUACACAACAUAGUUCUCAUGAUGCAAGUUACUGUAACAACAGCAUACUUUGGACACUCUGAGCAGAUAUCUCAGGAGAGGUACCAGUAUGUUGACUGUGGAAGGAACACGACUUACCAGUUGGCCCAGUCUGAGUAUCUAAAUGUCCUUCAGCCACAACAAUAAACUCUAAAGGAGAUGUGGUUAGACCCAGUACCACACCUGAGACAUGGUCAGAGCUGUCAGUGAGGAGGUACUGCCUCUAAGGACAUCUUUAAUUGAGCAUGUCUAAAGUUUACACUGGGAUGUUGGCCUCCAGCUAACAGAAUUUGGUCCUUAUGCAGUUCCUGGACUCUGUUUUCUGUGUUGACGAUUUGCUCCCACCACGAGCUUUUCCUCCAUCCAAUGUUAACUGAUUGGCUUUCUUCUCACCUUUGUUCCCAAGGUGAAAAAUUGAGACUUCCUUAGAAUACAAUAAAUAAUUAUAUAAAAGUCAUAGAUUUAAUCUAUAUAUCUAUUGAUAAUAUAGUUCAAUCCUGAACAUAAUUUGAAAAAUAACUUCUGAAGAUUUUUAUAUAUUACUGAAAGCCUAUUAUUCAUGGAGAACUUUUAAAAACUGACCUGUUUUAUAAAUUCCCAUUCUUACAUAGUAAACUUUCAACUAUAUGAUAACUUAGCUAUUAGCUAAAUGUUUUUAGCCUUUAAUUUCUUCAAAUUCUACAGGUUUGCAUGUUUUGUCUUAUUUCUAGCUAAUGGUUGCAUAAUAUUCACCAACCAUAACAGUCUGCCAAAUUCUGUCCUACAUUUUGUAAGAACCUCUCAGUAUGUGUUUCAUGUAUAGCUUUGUGAACUUCCUGUGUGAUCUUCAAACAUAUUCCUUUAAUGUACAAUAUUGUAAAUAAACUGCAUGGCUUUUAUACAGCUUUGAUAAAUGUCAAAUGAAGUGGUACAGAUUAAGAAGUAAAGCAAGUUGUUCAUAAAAAAUAAAGUAGGAAAAUGAAAUUCAGAAACCUAUGAAGUAUCAGUAGGUUCCAGCUACAUGUUGGAUCUGGCAUAAAAUAGAUGCACAAUAAAACACUUUGCUGCUCUCUCUACUUUAUGUUGCUUUUCACAUUAAGAAUUAUAUAGAUGCUCUUCACAGCGAUUACUUAUCAUCAAGUUUAUGAAUGGUUUAGAGAAGGAAAUUAUUUCUUACUAGAAAUUUUUCAAGAAAUCCUUUCAUUUAACACCGGUGGCUACAUCAAAAUAAAUCCUUUGGUUUGCUUUAAAAUUUUAAUCAUUAUGCAUCAUACUGAUUUGAUGCUUCCAGCAGUUACAUUAAACAUUUAUUUUUUAAUUUUGUCUAACAUCAUUCUCAAGUAUGAUGGAUGUAUUCAUCUUGUUAGUUUAUAUUUUCAGUGUUAUUUUCCACAGAGUGUUUUUCUUAUUCACUCAGCAAAUUUUAAGGACCCUUUAAAGUUUCCUUAUGUCAGAAGGUGGGUUUUCCUUUUCCCAUACCCAAGUGCCUACGUUAGUUGUGAUGUGUAGUCUGUUCGUCAGUCUGUUUCUCAAGUAUAAAGCAUACAUAAUGCACUUUAAUUCUCAAGUACAAAGCAUACAUAAUGCGCUGUAAUUCUCAAGUACAAAGCAUACAAAAUGUGCUUUAAGCAUCCUUUCACCUUUCCUUAGCGCCCGUCCUGUAUUCUCCAUGUGAGUGAAAGUUGUAGUCAUCCAUGUUCUGAUGUGGCAUCCCUCAGGCAUUGCUGUUGUCGUCCUUCCUGUUCUUCCCAGAGCGUCCCCUGCAGUCGUUCACUUUCCACUCAAGCUGGUCUUUGAAAUUCCCUUUUUCUGUGCUUGCUGCUCACCUCCACUCUUGAAGCUGCACAGCUGUCUGCUUGUGCUUACGUUUUCCAAUCAAUCUCAUUUCGCUAUCUGCAUUCUCUCAUUGUUAUCUGAGCCAUCUGCUUUGUUUCAGUUGUUUGUCUUGUCUAGAAAUAUCUAAUCCUAUUACUUAAACAUUACUGCUGUCUUUAGUUUGGCUACUCAACCUGUGUCUAUCUGACCAAGUUCCUGUAUAGGUUCUCAUUUACUCAGUUAAUUUUCAUAUUUUAGAGACUUUCUAUGUAAAAAAGCAAAAUGUCAAUAAACCUUUUUUAUGAGUUCCAUUGUGCUUUUUCUCCACCCUGGCUCCAUGCCUCCGUACAACCAUGUAAGGUGUGCAAAUCAUCAUCCAGCCAUUUCUUCAGAACCACCCGUUACCUAUGCCUCAUGUAAUAAGCACUGUCUGUGUUCCUUCCGGGUGUAUCUCAGUCUCGGUCAGCACUGUGUAAGAGAAGGGGUUUGUUUUUCACUUUCUUCCAGAGUUCACGCACAAGGCCUAAAGAGGCAGGAAAGUGUAGCGAACUUUGCUCCCAGUGGUUCAGUUUCAAAAUCUUUUCUUAGCUAUUUAAGUUGAAAAUUCUAUCCCAUCUAGUUUUAAUGUCCAGCUUUGAUGUUUGAGUCAUUUGAAAAACCAACCAGAAGCACCUGGAAUUGAAGCACAUUGCCUGUAAUUAAUUCUUCAAGGAAAAUCAAGUAACUUCUAGGUAAGCCAGGCAGGUAACAGCUGCAAGUUAAUAAAACUCUAAACAAAGUGAACAACAGCAGCAAAACCUAUAUCUUGGAGAAUCUGAAGAGUAGCCAUAAAGAAAGGCUUUUCGCUUUCCUCAAGUCAGUCUGAGUCUGGUUUAGUUGAGUCUGUUGCAGCUAAGUCUGGCUUCUGGCAGGGAGAAAGGGUGCGUAUUAAUACAUUUUUAUGAGUACCACCGGAGCUUAGCCAGGGACACGAUGAAGACAUUGCCAUGUUGCCCCAUGCUCACAGGAGGAAAUUCCGUUCUAUGCUAACCCAACACCGGCCCGGCCUCUGUGUGGAUAGUGUGUAUACAACACCCUGACUGUUGCUCUUCUGUCUGCUUUUCUUAGGUAAUUUUUCAGCACACACAGGACACUGAGGGGAUUUGCUCUAAAAUUACAGAUUAGUAAAUGCUUUAAAUGCAGCCAAAAGUUGGUUCUCUGUCUCUCAUAUCUGUGCCCAAUCAAUUAAAAUGUCCAUUGGAAAGCCAUGGUAAAUUAGGUUAUUGCAAUUUAAAAAUUAGAAGUGGCCAGCAAGAUGGGUCAGUGUUGGGGGAUGAUUGCCACCAAGCUUGAUGACCUGAGUUCAUUCUCUGUACCCCACAGUCUAGAAGGAGAGAACUGGCGUUGUUUUCAGAUACCCAUUCACAUACAGUACAGUACCACAUAUAUGGUAUACACACACACACACACUCACACACACACAAAUGCAUGUAAAAAGUAAAGUAAAAGGUUUUGAAGUUUACAAUUAUGGCUAAGAUUUUGGUAACAUUGAAUUGCUAUUUGAAACAUUCUAAAAGUAAAUUAAACAACAUAGAAUCAUUUAAAACUAAAGCUGGAGCUUAAUUUUUGUGUGUUAAUAUUUAAUACUCCACAGUCAUUCCAAUAAAAAUAAAACUGACA